CUAUCAUCCGGAGAGGCAGGUGCAAGGCGGACAGGUCGCGCUGGCCAAAGCGCUGCGGGUUAGGCUCGGAUCGAGUCGAGUGACGUCUUAGUGCGAGCACGCCCAAGGCAGCUGGCAGAGCGGUGCUGCGGCACGAUGCGACCGCCAAGCGUGAUCUCACUGCGAGCUCUUUAUACUUGCUCCCUAGAAACCCGUGCCUGCAGGCGGCAGUCCAAGUCGGUCGCUCCCUGCUACACCUGCUUCUCAACUACCAUUCGCCUCUCCCAACACCACCUCAUACACAUCAUGAAUGCCGCAAUGCAGAGCGCAGCACUUGCCAACGUGCUGGUGGAGGUGCGCAGCCUGCGCGCCCAGUGCGUCGAGCUCGCCGCUCCCGCUGGCGACGCUGCUGUGUCGGCCGCGCCGCAGGAUGCGAUACGCCGCGAGGCGGCCGGCAUCAUCACACGCCUCGACGCCAUGAUCGAGGAGCUCACGCGCGAUGUGGCGCGUUGCCAGGCCAUCGACCAGGAGACUACGACAAUGGGCGCGACGCUCCACGGUCAGCCCGCCGCCGUGCUGGCGCACACCAUCAUGCGCCUGGACAACCAUCGCCGUGAGACCACUCCACUCACGAUGCGCACCGCCGCCUCGGCCAACGAGUUUCUCGCGCUCCUGAGUCGCGUCGAGGAGCUGCAGCGGCUGAAGCAGGCGCGCGCGACAGCGGCAUAGCCCUCUCAGCAGGCGCGACGCCCUCUUCUUGCCUCUCCACACCUCCAGUUGCGUCUCGGCAGCUUCUGACCCUCG